GAAGAAUUACUAUUCUGAGAUGAGAGAAGAAAGAAAAUAGACAGUUUAAAUUUUAGGUUAUGUUUGUAGUUGGCGAUUGAUAAUUUGAUAUUGAUAUUUUUAUUAUACUGGAAAUUGUUAGAAAAUUGCAAAAUGGCUAAUAAUAAUAUGGUACAUUGCCAAUUAUGGAUGGGGAGUCUGGAACCUUUCAUGACAGAAACGUUUAUUCUUAAUGCUUUCCGGAAAAUGGGCGAGAGCCCCCUUAGCGUAAAAAUUAUGCGUAAUAAAUUUACUGGAGAAGCAGCAGGAUACUGUUUUGUACAUUUUGCCUCUGAUGAAGAAGCUAUUGAUGCAAUGCACAAACUUAACUCCAAGCCUAUUCCAAAUACAACUCCCACAGUUCGAUUCAGGCUCAACAAUGCCAGUAAUUCUGGUAGAUCCCUUAUUGAUAGAGAGUUUUCUGUGUGGGUUGGAGAUUUAAGUUCAGAUGUAGAUGAUUAUAACUUGUAUAGAGUAUUUUCUUCAAAAUACAAUACCAUCAAGACAGCAAAAGUUAUUUUAGAUGCCAGUGGUUUUAGUAAAGGAUAUGGGUUCGUAAGAUUUGGAAGUGAAGAGGAAAUGAAGGACAGCUUAGUAUCUAUGAAUGGUUUUAUAGGCCUUGGAACAAAAGCUCUGAAAAUAUGUAAUGCUGUGCCUAAACCCAAGGGACUAUUACCUGGUUAUUCAGGACCUUCAAACCAGAAUGACAGUAAUGACUUCAGUCAGUAUUAUGAUCCAACAACGUAUUGGCAAAACUAUGCAUCUUGGCAGCCAGGAUAUAAUAAUUAUGACCAAUCAUCUGAACACCAAGCAGCACGUGACAAUUCAAAUGCGCAUUCUGAAAGAAAGGAGGAUGAUUUGGACUUGAUAGAACAUACCAUUCCUUUGGAUGUCGACAAAAUGAAUCGAGAGAAACUUGAUGCAGAUUGUAAUUUAUGGGAUGCCUUGGAGAGUUCCAAAUGGUUACCGUACGAAAUGGUAGAUGUUGCUUGAUAUAAAUAAUACCUGGUUGUCAAACAAAAAUAUCUCAAUGACAACUAUUUCAUGUAUUUUGAAUUUUUGACUUUGUAUGGUUUAUAGGUACAUUUUUCUAUUACUUUUAAAUCUGUUGCCCAUGUAGGUUAAAUGAAGAAGGAAAUAAAAAGAAUUUUAACUAGUGGCAAUUAGAGGUAUUGUUGAAAAUAAAAGAUAAAAUAAGCAUAAAAAAGUGGAUUGUGUUUGCCUAGCAUUUUAGAGACUUAUUUGAGAAAAAUGUAUUGAUCCAUGAAUUUAACUUCAAAUCUAAUCAGCUUAAAGUGCUUAGCCCCGGCGCAUAUUGAACCUAAGCGAGUCACAACCUGCGCCGGUGGGACGGGUGACCUGUGUAGUUAUUUUUCUAGCGUGCCACAUAUUAAACACAAGCUAACCCGACCAUCGGCUGUCGCCGUAACGAAUAGAGACGGGCAAAAUAAGUGCAAACGUGUAACGGUUACUAUUGAUACCGGUUCUCAGUGGUACUGAGUACAAAUACUGAUUACAAAAUACUGAUGUAUCUGAUCCUUGUACUGAAUUGAGUAGGCAACUAAAAAACGGUAGUUCCGUACAUGUAACUAGUAACGUUUUAAUAAUAUCUUACAUGUCCCUAGUAGUCGUAGCGGUAUGACUUUCGAAAACAUCGAAUUUGAUCAUAAGCGGGUGCAUAAAAAGAUAUCUUACACUGAGUAUUAUAUUUCUACAUACCUUUAUAAUAACAAGCAUAAGUUAAACACUGCAUUGAUUGUGAUUGCAAAAACGGUUCGCAUGUUUUAAAUAAGAUUUUUGCUGAUUAUGUUUUUGAUAAAAUAUUAAAUCACACAAAAAAUACAAUUCCCAACCAUCAUUUAAUUUUUAACGAUAAACAAAAGUCUAAUAAAUAUAUGAUGACAAGUUUAAAAUUGAGCGACUUUGUCGAUAACAGUGUCAUUAAUAAAUAUUUUUUACCAUGAAUCAUUUUCCAAUGAUUGUGUGCAUUUAGAAAUACAUACUAAACAAUUUUUUGAUCUGUAUAAAGGAGAUUAUAAUUAUGACACAUUAUGGUACUCUUUAUUUUUCAAAUAAUAUGCUCUUGUAAAUGCAUAACUUUGAUUUAUUGGCUAAAGCCACACUAACUAGAUACUUCACAAGAAAUUAAAAAUACUUAACCUGUAAAAAAUUCACUGUUUUAAUCAAAUAUAUUAUAUUGCCUACUAUUGCGCCUACUAUAUUAUAUAAUAAAAUACAUAUUAAAACAAAUAAACGAAAACUUGUAGAGUAGUGCUGAUUGAUACAACAGAGCAAUAAAAUGUUAUUCAUUCAAGAUAGUGUAAAAUAUAUCGCCGCUUAUUCAUUUCAGAUAUUUCCAUCUCGCAAAACAAAAACACCCGUCCCAAGCCCAAGAAAACUGUACGUCGAUGACAAACCUUCCCAAGCUCGACCUGCGAACGCAUGAACUGAUAGUAGGAUGCGCAGAACGGUCUACGCAACUCGCCGGUUCCAGGUUGUGUCUGCUUAGGAUCAAUUUGCGCCGGUACUUAUUAGAAGUAUACGGCUCCCUGGACGAGCUUAUAUCUUCUAGAAGUUAUAAGUAUGUCGUAAAAGAGAAAAUCUAGUUUUACGGAUGUAGUAUGCAAAUGUGACCAGAAAAAUAUAAACAAUUUAGUACUUCCCUUGAUUUUUGCUUAGUUAGUGGAUGAGCCGACAACAGUUUUCAACAACCUUUACUGCAUCAAAGUGACAACCAAAAAUGUAAGAAUAGUUUUGAGAUUUGUUGUAAAAGUUCGUUUAAUGCAUCACACAAGGUUCCUAAUGGCACCUAUGUACGCCGUUUCUCCCGCUUGGCGGCGCUACUGUAGUUGGAGGUCAACGUUUAUUAUCGAAUGAUAAACUAUAUUAAUCAUCGUCUCAAUGUUUUAUUUCUAUAGCUCAGAGGGUAUUUAUUUGGUAUUGACUCACUCCCCACACGAGUAUGACAACUGUGUAUAAUAUGAUAUGUGCGGCCUUACUUUUUUAUCAAUUUAAAAUUCACAAUUAAGUGCGCUCAGCAUUAAUCUCAUUUAAAAAUGUGAUGUUUUCAAAAUAUGGCCGCCAUGGCUGUUGCGCAUUUGGUGUAAAUUUGGUUUAAGCAUGGGUUUGAGCGCAGCUGAUUCUGCAAUGUUGUCUUAUUAAAAAAAAUAUAAUUCCUUAUGGAAAUAUAGAAUGUGUUCAUUUAAUUAAGUACAAUUAUUUGGGUGUUUGUCUACGUGAAGAGCGACCUUAAAUUUAAGGUGAAAUUAGAAAAAUUUAGGGUUAGGUUUGAUCAGGCUAUAUUUUAAUCACUAAAGAAUAUUUGAAUGGACCUACUAGAUCACUUUAAUUUUCAGUUAUUAACUUGUUUAUAUUAUUUUCGAUUAGGUUAGGCUUGAUCAGGUUAUGUUUUAGUCACUAAAAAUAUUGAGAACUUGAGAAUUAUUUAAAAUUAGUAUUUCACAUUUUUCUAUAGUAUUUUUAUUACUUCAAAUAUAAAUUUUUUUAUAUGUUCACUCCAUAACAAGCGAUUCUAGAUGUGGCAACAGUGUGAAUGUACAUAAAAUUGCAUAUAUUAAUCCGUGCGUUUAUAAUAAAUUUUGAUCUGAAUUUUAUAGUGAAGUAUUCUAUUUUUACAGUCGAAUCUAAGGGCAUUACGUAAUCUGUUUCAACAAAAUGUUUAUUGCAGAUACGUGCGUUUAUUGUCGGCACAUAUUUAUUCCUUCUUAUUACUACAAUCCACUUUUUUCUCCUCAGAAUAUCUUGAGGGAUUUUAUUUUCUCAAGUUUAAUUCACACAGCGAAUCAAAUAUGCAUUAUUUACUUGGAAAUAGAUUGAUUUGAAAUGUUGACGUAAAUUGACGUGACCUCCUACUACACGAGCGCUACCUACGUUGAGCUUUCCAGAUUAGCUGCCAUUGUAAUGUUCGGGCGCGCGACUUUUCCCCAACACGACUCUACCUUAUUCGCAGAGUCUACGAGAAGAGUACGGUAAAUUGAAGCUGUAAUUACAAAGAAACAAAUAUGUAUGUCUUUGUACUCACUUUAUCACGCACGAAUUACGGGAUCUGGAUUUCAAUGCAUAUUUUUUUUAUAAUUCUCAUAUCAAAGUUACGCGCAAUGUUAGUCAUAUUGAUGAAAAUUGGGGAAUCGUCCGCGACCCGUAAUGUUCCUGUGUAUUGCACCUAUCCUAUAUAAUACAAUCAACGCAGGUCAUUUAACCUCCAUGGGCACCGUGAAUUUACGUUAUAAGUACGUUUCUGAUGUAAGUGUAUAAUUUAUGUUUAGAAUAUUUUGAUAGAUCAUGUAAUAUUGGUAUUUUAUGUAAUAAUUAUGUAAUAAAAAUUCUUUCAUGUGAUUAAA